GUUAAUCCUUUGGAGCCCUAUGUGCUGCAGACCAUUGUCAUAGGAAGUGGACAGACAGGAGGACACAACCCUUUGGCUUUAGUUGUGACGUCCCAGUAGAUCUUCCCAAGGUGUAUCAGAGGGGACAUUUUUGCAACCUUAUAAGGAACUUUAGGAUUUAUUUGGGGAUUUUAGGAGGACUAGAACAGUUUGCAGUUUCAAGGUUCCAGCGUCCGAACCAUGUUCUCCACGGCCACUUCAUACAAGAACCAGCAUUACUCUGAGCUGAAGAGGAAAUGUCUGGAGGACAAAGAACUGUUUGAGGAUCCAGAGUUUCCUGUCACCAACGCAUCCCUGUUUUACAGGAAGCCACCUCCUGGUAUGGUGGAGUGGAAGAGACCACAUGAGAUCAGUGAUGGGCCUCAUCUGUUUGUGGAGGGCAUCAGCUCCCAUGACCUGAACCAGGGGCUUUUGGGUAACUGCUGGUUUGUGGCGGCAUGCUCCUGCCUGGCACUGAAGCCAGACCUCUGGCAGAAGGUCAUCCCUGACUGGAAGGAGCAGGAAUGGGACUCCAAGCACCUGGAGAACUACGCUGGCAUCUUCCACUUCCAGUUCUGGGUGUUUGGGGAGUGGGUGGACGUGGUAGUGGAUGACCGCCUGCCCAGCAUCAAUGGAGAGCUCAUUUACUGCCACUCCAAAGUCAAAAACGAGUUUUGGAGCGCCCUGCUUGAGAAAGCCUAUGCCAAGCUCUCUGGCUGCUAUGAGUCGCUGGACGGGGGCAACACUGGGGAUGCGGUGGUGGAUUUCAGUGGAGCUGUGGCAGAGGCCAUUAACCUUGAGGCAGAAGCUUUCCACACAGACCAGGGGAGAAUGGACAAACUGUUUGAGGACCUGUUCAAAGUCUACGACAGGGAUGGAAUAAUCAGCUGCUCCAUCAAGGCGUCUCCUUCUGAAAUCGAGGCACGGAUGGCGUGUGGGCUGGUGAAGGGCCAUGCCUACUCAGUGACUUCAGUGAAGAAAGUACGAUUGGGCCACGGGCUGAUAGCCUACUUCCAGAACGAGACCAUCCCCCUGAUCCGCAUGAGGAACCCCUGGGGAAAGAUUGAGUGGAACGGAGCCUGGAGUGACAGUUCAGCGGAAUGGGAAAAGGUUGGCAGCAUGGAGAGGAAUAAGCUUGGCAUCACAGUGGAAGAUGAUGGGGAGUUCUGGAUGGAGUUUAGAGACUGGUGUAAGUACUUCACAGAUGCAGACGUUUGUCGUCUCAUCAACACCUCCCUGCUCACCAUUGACAAGACAUGGAACGAAGUGAUGAUUUUGGGGAGUUGGACCAAGAAUGCAGAACCUCUGCGCAACCGCUGUGGAGGCUGCAUGAACCACAAACAUACCUUCUUACAGAACCCCCAGUACCUGUUUGAGGUGACCAAGGAAGUGGAUGAGGUUCUGAUCUCCCUACAGCAGAGAGACAUGAAGAUCCACAGACGUAUCGGCCAGGGAGAGAACCUCACCAUCGGCUUCGCCGUCUUCAAGGUUGAACUGAAUAGGAAAUACCGCAUGCAUGACAUCAUCACCCAACUUAACGUGCAAACUACUACGUACAUAAACGCCCGCACGGUGUUCAUGAGGGCCAUGCUCCCCAAGGGUCGCUACAUGAUCAUCCCCUCCACCUUCAAACCUGAGACUCUGGGAGAGUUCAUGCUGCGUGUUUACACUAACGUAGACUCAGGUUGCAGAGAGCUGACAGAACACCAGCCCAGGAUGACGUGUUGGAGUAAGCUGACUGGCUACCCUGUUGCCGUGUCCCAGAUCUAUGUCCACGGAGCAGAGGGGCUGGAGAACCAGGACCGCACAGGAGGCGCGGAUCCAUAUGUGAUUGUAUCCUGUGAGGGCUCCUCAGUCCGGUCAACAGUCAAGGCAGACACCGUGAACCCGGUGUUUGAUACCAGAGCCAUCUUCUACAGGAAGAAGCCCACAAAGCCAAUCACUGUGGAGGUGUGGAACAGUAAUGCUGUGAAGGACCAGUUCCUGGGCCAGGUGGUUCUGACAGGCUCAGUGAAGGACUCCACCAACCCCCAGAGGCUCCAGUUGAGGAAGAGUGGCAGAGCCAUGGCCGACGAGAUGCCUGGCUCCAUCACCCUCCGUAUCGUCACCUCCACCGAGCUCACAGACAUGUGAUCUGGAUCAGCUGACUACUACCUGGGUCACAUUGACAAUGUGUACAACACUCUGUUGCCUCUGACACUUUGAACAGGGGCUCAUCACUACAAGGCAUAAAGUUAUCACUCAGAAUGACUAUCAACGUGAGCUUACAAUAUAUUCUACUAAGGACUGCCAUGGUCAUGGACCAAGAAGCACCUACUAAAGACUGCCUUGGUCAUGGACCAAGAAGCACCUACUAAAGACUGCCAUGGUCAUGGACCAAGAAGUAUCUUCAAGCCUUCUGGAGUUUUGUUUGUUCUUAUAGUGUUUUGUAAAGGGACAAGACAUUACUUUUUGAAAGAUGAAUAACUGUAAAUAUAUUAUUAUUUUAUACUAGACUAUACACUAUGAAACAUAAUGACUCUUCAGAGUAAUAUGCAUACUGUAUCUGUAUACAACAUUAUGCAACUUAUACAUUCCAAAAAUAUGUUUAUCGUAUACAAAUAAAAAGGGCCUCUUUUCAUCUUGCUGAAAAACAGCCAAAAGGCUCUUGCUGCAAAAUAUUGGAAAGUCUUGAAAGAGCCGAAUAUAUCUAGAGUGUAAGAUUUGAACCAUGGGCAUUAAUUUGUGUCAUUCCACUGAACUUAUUGAAAUGUCUAAAGGGUAUGUACUGCCUCUAAACUAGCAUCCUCCUUUGCUCGAAAUGUCUUGCCACUUUUAGUCCCUCUCUACUAACAGCAAAGAAAAGUAAAUCCAUACAAACCAAAAAGUUAUUUUUUUAUUUCAGUUCAGUUCCCAAACUGCAGUAUUUUGUUGUUUUACACUCAAGACACAGCCAUGCACAAUUCAGAAUUCCAAAAAGUAUGUUGCUUUUCCACAAUUAAAAAUAGCUUAUCCAAAACCUUAGUUGUCCCCAGUUGCUUUUUCUCAUCUGUCCUUUUCCAAAGAUGGGGCUUGCUGAGGUUCACCAGAUGGGUCAGCAGUUUACAAACCCAGAUAAUAAUAAUCAUCAUUUUAAAUAAACACUUUUUUGCCUUUG